AUGGCCACAACUUUACCACCACAAAUUUUAUCCCCGCCAAUUCGAAAAACUAGCGAUGCUCUGUUGGCCAAAGCUUCAAACUUUGGGCAACUUCUAGAAGAAGUUAAGAAAUUGGCAAUCUCAAAAUCUUUGUGGGAUGAUGAAAUGCAACGAGAUUUGCCGAAGAAAUGGGAAAAACAUGGAGAUAUGAUUGUAUUUCCGCAAAAUUCGUUUACUCAUAUUAAUUGGAGAUUUAUUGGUGAGAAAAUUACAUUUUUUGUUGAAAUGAUUGAUGAAUUGUGGUUAGAAAGAGGGUCACGUGAGAAAACAUUUGUUGUUGAAGAAAAGCAUUUCGAAAAUUUUAAUUCUUUGGAAGCGCGAAAAAAGUUUUAAGUAGAAUGAAAAAAUACUCACUAGAUAUAAAACUAGGAUUCUCAAAGAAUUUCUAGAAAUUUGAAACCCCACAAAUUAUUUUGAUAACUCUAUAGAAAAUUUAAAAAUAUAUAAAGAUUUUUGAAAAACUGGGAAACUAUGUAGAAAUGUUAUUUUAGUAUGGAUUUCCGCAGCACAUUCUGAAAAAAAUGGUACUCCAAAUUCUGAAAACAUAGAACACUAGAACUUGGUAAACAUCCAUACUCGAAUCUCAAUCUAACAUUUCAGGUCGUGAACUUUGGCCAAUCGUGGCAAAAUCAUUAAACGUUGCCAGAAUCGCUAGAAAACGUCAAAUCGAUGAGAUGCGAACUGCUCAUGUUGAUCUACUUUUCGGAAAAGAUGGAUGGGUUGAUUAUGUUGAUGAAAGAGAAGUACGGUAGGUUACUAUCUUUUCCUUCCAAUGCAUUUUAUAAUCCAAAUCUUCCUUCAGAUUCUGCUAUGAUACAACUGUUCGUGUUUUCAAUAAUUCGAAGAAAACUGAGAUGAAGAGAAUUUCAAAAUGGGCUUGUCAAGGACAAACUAUCAUUGAUUUAUAUUGCAGUCUUGGAUAUUACAGUUUGACAUUUCUAGUUGCUUGCGAAGCUCGUCAAGUUAUUGCAAUUGAUUGGAAUGAAGAAAUAUUGGAAAGUUUAGUUAGAAGUGCACAAAUCAACAAUGUCGAUGAUAGACUUCUUGUAAUUCACGGUGAUUGUCGAAGAGUUUCUCCGAAUCUUGCAGCUGAUCGAAUUUAUCUUGGAUUAUUACCAUCUUGUCGAGCACAUUGGUUGGUUGCUUGCAAAGCAUUGAAAGUUGAAGGUGGAAUAUUACAUAUAAAUGAGAUUAUUGAUAUGACUCCAGAAAAACCACCAGCUGAGAAAAAGAAGACUGUUGUUGUCAAAAAGAAAGUGUUGAAAAAACAAAGCACUCUUCCAGCUGUUAUUGAAAAUCAACCAACAUCGUCUGGAAAAGAUUUGGGUGAGGAAAAAGAAGCCGGAGCUCCUACAAUUCCAGAAGAAGAAAAUGGUGAAGAAAGUGCUGAAAAUGGACAAAAGAAGAAAAAGUUCACAAGAUCUGCAUCGAUUGUUGAGGAAAUGGAAAAUCGUGUUCUGCCAGAUGUUCAAAUUUGGAAAGAGUUUGAUGAAACUUUUCAAAAACUUCCCGCAAAACUUCGAAAUUUUGCAAAUGACUGUGCACAGAAUUGCACAAGAUUUUUGAAUAAUAUUCAUCUGUCAGAUCAUUUAUACGCAGUCACAAUUAUAAAUGUCGUCAGGUAAAUAUUUUCUAAUGAAAGGAUCAAAAUUUGAAAUUAAAAAGUUUUCAGAUAUGGUGAGGUUUCCAAAAAUCAAGAGCACAUUGUUCUCGAACUUCUAUGUUGUCCACAAAAUUCUUCAGUUGAACACAUGAUUUCAAAAUUCACAUCGGAGAACUUGAAGAAUUAA